AUGGACAAUCUACUACUCGAAUGCCGACAACAAUAUCCAGACAGUGAAUUGGAUGCAUUGGAAUGCAUUGCCAAUCACAUCCAAUCGGGGAUGGAUUCCUCGAAAUCUCAAAUAGAAACAAUAGACUCAAGCCUAAAGGCCCUUUCUCUCAUAUUCACAUCCAUACUGAUGUUCACCAUGCAAGCUGGCUUUGCUAUGCUAUGUGCCGGCUCUGUACGAACAAAAAAUGUACCCAAUACGCUACUGAAAAACUUUUUGGAUGCUUGCGGGGCCGGAGUUGCAUACUAUGUUAUUGGUUAUGCCUUGGCCUUUGGUGAUUCCCCUUCUGGAAUCAUUCAACAAGACGAAAUCAAUGGGGAACAUACUCUCACAUUUGCAGGAAGUGAACAUUUCUUUCUCAUUGAUUUUGACAAUUACGGCUUUUGGUUUUAUCAAUUUGCCUUUGCGGCUUGUUGUGCAACGAUCGUGGCUGGAACUCUGGCGGAACGAUCUCAAAUGGUGGCUUACUUUGCCAACGCAAUCAUGUUGACAGGCUUUGUCUUUCCCGUGGUAUGUCAUGCAGUAUGGUCCAUUCACGGCUUUUUGAAUCCUUUUCGAAAGAACCCAUUGUUCGGAAGCGGCAUGGUGGACAUUGCAGGAGCCGGAGUCGUUCAUGUGACUGGUGGAAUGACUGCUCUAAUUGCUACAGUCAUUCUGGGACCCCGAAAAGGUCGAUUUCAUGAUGAGGAUGGUAAUUUCCUUAGGGCAUCCAGACGAAUGAAGGCUCAUUCACCAAGUCUUCAAGUACUAGGAACCUUUCUGCUCUGGAUUGGAUGGUAUGGAUUCAAUGUUGGAAGCGUUUACUUUCUCCCGACAGCGAAAGAUAUCUCCUCCGUUGCAUCUCUGGCACUGGUGACAACCACACUUGGAGCCACGGGAGGAGCCAUUACAUCGCUAGGUGUCUCCGUUUGGUGGAACCAACGACAAACGGGAGAACCUGAUUAUGAUAUUGUCAAUGCCUUGAAUGGAUGUCUGUCUGGAUUGGUAGCAAUCACCGCUGGAGCAUCCAUUGUGGAACCAUGGGCAGCACUACUGAUUGGCUCUUUUGCUGGAAUCUUUUACUUGAUAGGCUCGUCUUUGCUCACCAAGUUGCAUAUUGAUGAUGCUGUGGAUGCUAUACCAGUGCACCUGGUAAACGGUAUUUGGGGAGUCAUUGCCGUAGGCCUCUUUGCUUCUCCCAAGAGAGUCAUGGCGGUACUUCAACGAGAUGACCAUGUUGGGUGGUUCUACUCUUGGGGAAGGAGCUCAUCUGAUGCUUCCUUGUUGGCAACGAACGUUCUUGGAGUCUUGUGCAUAAUACUCUUUGUGGUCGUCGUAAUGACCCCAUUCUUCAUCAUUCUACAUUAUGUUGGACUGUUCCGAUCAGACGAACUGGAAGACAUCAUUGGCCUUCCUUUUACCAGUGAGUAUGAUGAGCAGCGCAAGCAUGUCAAGCUACCCAAUGGCAAAACCAGUGGAGAACCUCUUCGUCGUGCUUCCGAAAAACGAAGGUCGGGCUCUGAAUUCUCUGUCUCAGCAUUUGUAGAAACAGACGAUUUGUCCAAUCACGACGUCACCACUGUAUCAACAAGAACAUGGGAGAAUUCAUGUCGAACAGUGUAA